AUGUCUGAGUAUAGUGUACUGCCGAGCAAUGUACGAAAUAGCAUUCAUUUUAACACAGGCGAAAUUUUUGAGAAUUUACAUACGUACCUUCAUGAGGAUGAAGAUUCGGUAAAUAGUGACACUGUUGAACACUUUAAAUAUGAACAAGAACUGGAUAAGUCUCUGCUAUCAAGGAGUUCGGUGAUUGGACUUGGUUUUGGUUUAAUGAGUCCUGUCCUGGGGAUGUGUACUAGUAUGUCCAUUGGCCUGAUAAAUGGUGGCCCUCUCACUAUUAUGUUAGGGUUUAUUCUUAGUGGUAUCAGUAUAUGGUUUUGUUCUUUAUCAUUGGGUGAAAUUAUUUCUAAAUUUCCAAUGGAAAUGCAUGUUGCUAGUGCAAUGUUGGCCCCAAAGAAAUUUAAACUUCUUUGUUCAUGGUACACUGGAUGGCUUAUGUUGAUAGGAAAUUGGACUAUGAGCACCAGCAUCACAUUUGCAGGCGCACAAUUGACUAUCUCAUUGUUUUUGAUGAAAGAUCAGUAUCUGAUUUCAGAAGAGCAUUUCAUUUUUUACACUGUGAUUGUUUUCUACUUAGUCGUGACCGUUGUAGGAUUGAUUAAUUUGAAAUUCGCACGUUUCAUUGAAAUUAUCAAUAAGGUCUGUGUCUAUUGGAUCAUUUACGCCAUCAUAUUCAUUGACAUUUUGCUACUAAUAUUCCACAAAGGUACCUAUAGAUCAUUAAAGUAUGCCUUAUUUCAUUUCGAUAAUAGUCGAUCCGGCUACUCGAACGUUUUAAUUUCUUUUAUAAUUGGCUUCCAACAAUCAAAUUUCACAUUACAAGGUUUUAGUAUGCUGCCAGCUUUAGCUGAUGAAGUUAAAAAACCAGAAAGAGACAUUCCGCGUGGUAUGUCCAUCUCUGUGCUCAUUUCAACAUUUUCAGGUAUUAUCUUUUUACUACCAAUCAUGAUAAUAUUACCUGAUUUAAGCACAAUAUUUACUGAUCAUAAGGUGUUACCGAUUGUUAAUAUUUUUAUACAGUCAACCGAUUCAAUGAUAGUUUCAUUUUUCUUAGUAUUACUGAUACUGGGGAACCUGUUUUUCUCUGGUAUUGGUUCGAUCACAGCCUCUUCUCGUACUGUUUACAGUUUUAGUCGUGACCAGGCCAUUCCCUACUACGACCACUGGAUAUUUGUCAAACCAGAAUCUGAAUCGAAAGUUCCAAAAAAUUCAGUUCUAUUAAGUAUGGCGAUUUCUUACGUUUUAGGAAUCUUAGCUCUAUUUUCUACAGCCGCGUUCAAUGCCUUUAUUGGAGCUGCUGUUUUGUGCCUUUGUUCAGCAACAUGUAUUCCAUUGAUUUUAAUAUUAUUUGGAAGAAGACGGAUAUUAAAGAAUGCUCCUAUCAAAAUUAGAUACAAAUUAGGUUGGGGUAUAAAUAUCAUUUCAAUAUUAUGGUUAUUAUUAUCUAUGUUUUCUGUUUGUCUGCCAGUUCAAAUUCCAGUCACUUUCCAAACAAUGAAUUAUGCAUUAAUGGUUUAUGUUUUCUGCCUUAUUUGUGUUACAUUCUUGUACGUUAAAUGGGGCAAAAGAAAUUUUAAAUUGCCAUUGGCAGAGCACCAGUAUGAUUUACUGGAUAGUACGACAGAUGCUACUUCUGAUUCAUACCAAUUAGAAUCUCAACAAGCUAAGAAGGAAGAAGGAACCCAAAGUAAAAGUGUACAUUUCGCUCUAGAAAACCCGUUUGAAGAAAAUGAAACUAACGUUCUUGAUAAUGCAAGACAAUCACAUGAAACUUUGGAAAGUAUAAAUUUGGAAGAUCCAGAAGAACAAGAGUUGACGGAGAUGAACUGA